CUAGAUCAAAGCAACUAAUAGGAGGAGAUGUUUACUCUGAAGGGUUUUUGUGCUUUUACACGGUUGGGCCUUUUUCUUUUUCUUGUCAAAUCCAGCUGUGGUUCUGAAAUCAUUAAUGGGAAAGAAGUGGAGCCCCACUCAAUGCCCUUCAUGGCUCUGCUGGAGUCCAAAGCACCAGUCUGCGGAGGAAUAUUAAUUGAUCCAAAAUGGGUUCUGACAGCUGCACACUGCAAAGACAUUAAGACUGUGUUGCUGGGGGUGCACUCCAUCAAGGACAAGAAGAAAGAACAAAAGUACAGGCAAGUCUGUAAGGUGCAGAAAAGCGUUCCUCACCCUUGCUAUGAUGCUAAAGAAAAAAACAAUGACCUACAGUUGCUUAUGCUGAACAAACCGGUGAAGCAAACCAAAUGGGUCAGUGUUCUCAAGCUUAGUAAAAUUGUCAGAGAGCCAGAAGACAAUUUAGUCUGCAUGGUGGCUGGAUGGGGAAAAAACAAACCAGAUGCAAAGACUAUGACAGAUGUUUUGAUGUCAGUAAAUGUAACUGUGAUCGACCGAAAGAAGUGCAACUCCAAGGAUCAUUAUGAUCUAAAUCCAUAUAUUACUAAGAGCAUGAUAUGUGCUGGGUCGAAAGGAAAAAACAAGGCUGACACCUGUGGGGGGGAUUCAGGAGGGCCAAUAUUAUGCAACGGAGUUCUUGUCGGAGUCACAUCUUUUGGAGGCAACCGCACUGUUCCCUCUGAAAUAUGUGGAUCAGUAAAGUGGCCUGGAGUGUAUGCUUUCCUUUCAAAAGACAAUCUAAACUGGAUAAACAAGGCAAUGAAGUCUCCUAAAAUUGAAUAACUCUUCUCUUUAACUGAUGUUG